ACCGCUCAGUCUCGUUUUUGUUUGGAUUUACUUCCAUCUCGAUAUCAUUUCCUCAUGCUGUCUCAGCAGUCAUUGCGUAUCACGACCAAGAUUGCAGCGUCGCCUGCUCGCUUUGCAAGCCUCUGGGCUGGCGUUCCCGAGGGCCCCGCGGACCCGAUUCUCGGCUUGACCGAGGCCUGGCGCAAGGAUCCCUCGCCUGCCAAGAUCAACGUCGGCGUCGGUGCCUACCGCGAUGCGAACGGCAAGGCGUUCGUCCUUCCCUCCGUCCGCAAGGCCGAGGCAAUCAUUGCCGGAAAGAACCUCGACAAGGAGUACGCCUCGAUCGAGGGUCAUGCUGACUUCCGCAGCGCGGCGCUCAAGUUUGCCCUUGGCAAGGACCUCUUCAAGGAUGUUCACGCCGCCACUGUCCAAUCCAUCUCUGGCACUGGUGCGCUCCGCCUCGGCGGCGAGUUCCUCCGUCGCUUCCACAGGAAGCCCGAGGUUGCCCUUCCCGACCGCACCUGGCCCACCCACGACAAGAUUCUCAACGCCGCUGGUGUUUCCACCUCCUCCUACCGCUACUACGAUGCCAGCACCAUCAGCCUGAACUUUAAGGCGAUGGUUGAGGAUUUGACCCAACGUGCCCCUGGCUCGGCCGUCCUGCUCCAUGCCUGCGCUCAUAACCCCACCGGCAUCGACCCCACUCAAGCCCAAUGGGAGGAGCUUGCUCAAGUUUUCAAGACCCAGAAGCUGCUGCCCUUCUUUGACAUGGCCUACCAAGGCUUCGCUUCGGGUGACCCCAGCCGCGACGCGUUCGCAGUCCGUCACUUUGUCCAGCAAGGCCUGCACCCCAUCCUCACGCAAUCGUUUGCCAAGAACAUGGGUCUUUACGGCGAGCGUGUCGGUGCUUUCACCGUCCUGUGCGAGACUGCUGCUGAGGCUUCGGCAGUGCUUUCGCAGCUCAAGCUCAUCAUCCGACCAAUGUACUCCUCGCCCCCGAUCAACGGCGCCCGCAUUGCCACCCACAUCCUGAACACCCCCGAGCUGACUGCCGAGUGGGAGGGCGAGCUCAAGCUCAUGUCUGGCCGCAUCAUUGAAAUGCGCGAGACCCUUGUGAAGGAGCUGAAGGCUGCUGGCUCCACCAAGAACUGGGACUUUAUCACAAAGCAAAUCGGCAUGUUCUGCUACUCGGGCAUGACUGCAAAGCACGUUCAAGAGCUGCGCGAAAAGCACUCCAUCUACAUGACUUCCGACGGCCGCAUCUCGAUGGUCGGUCUCACCCAUGCCAACGUCGGCGCUCUCGCCCGCGCCAUGCACGCCGUGACCAAGGCAUAACGCCGAUGAUUGGGCUUCAGGUCUUGUUCUGUGGUUUGAAAGGACCUUUCCUGCCCAUUAAAAUUUGGUGUUUAAUGAUUUAACUUAAAAAUUUCACUGCCUGUUACGACGGUUGCGACUCAUCGCCAAACCCCAGUCAUGACAGAGUCUGCUGAAAUGGCCUCGCCAAAAUCUUCAUCAUCCAGAGCCUUGGUGAGACGAGGACGC